AUGGAGAGGCGAUGGACGGAAGUUUCACCUGGCCGAUGGGAGCGCCCUACGAGUGGCAUGGAAGGGUACUUCUGUGUCACUGGUGAAACGACAGCGUCGGCCUGCGACGGCCGCGAGCAUUACAGCAUUUUCUCCACGCUUACUCUCGAGUUGGACUACGUAGACGUGGAACCGGCCUUGCGACAUGCCUGGAAACAGAUGCGAUAUGAACAGCCUCAGAUCGCCACGACAGCGGAGGGAACAAACUUUGUGUACGAGGUUCCCGAUGAGACCGCCCUAAGCCACUGGCUAGGAUUGACGUUUGUCGUCUCCGACGCUGGGGGCUCCGAUGAGCUCUACCUCCAGGGAACCCCAUUCAGGCAAUCGACCUUAUACUGGCUCCCGCGAUCGUCGGAGCUCGUGUUCCGUGCCCACCACCAGAACAUCGACGGCACAGGGGUGCUGCUGUUUUGGCACCGCUAUCUCGGCGCGCUGACGUCUCCUACCCAGCCAAUCGACUUCGGCGACGAGCCGGCCAGACUGGCUCCCGUGAUGGAAGACAUCCUCGGCCUUGAGAGCCAAUCGUCUAAAAAAGACGAGAAAGCACUAGGCGUGCUUUCAGAGUACAUCAACAACGUCCCCGGCAUCGGCCACACCUCCAGAGUGGGGUCCGCGCCUUCCGGACGCAGUCGGACUGCAGACCUAACCUUCUCGAUGGCGAAGACGGACCGAAUCGUCCGGGCUUGCCAGGCGCACGGCGUCACGGUCACGUCGGCCCUACAUGCGGCAUAUAUCCAGGCGCUCACGAAACACGCGGACCCAAACUCGCAGACAACGCGGUACGUCAGUGCCAACCAGUUCAAUUUACGUCCAUACCUCCCCGAGCCGUACAGCACGGAUCGGUACGGCGUUGCAGUGUAUUAUGCGACCCAUCCGUUCACGAUCGCCUUACCGUCGACUUUCUGGGAGACGGCCCACGCGCUGCAUCACUACUAUUCCACCUCAUACAAGGGCAAUCGGCCGCUGCUGGAGCUCAACGGCCACAUCACGCGCGCACUCUGCAACAUCGUGCAGACACCCGAGUACUUAGCAGCCCCGGUGCCGACUGACGCGCUUGUGAGCAGCCUAGGAAUCGCAGAGAGAUAUCUGCAGCGAGAAUAUGGGAAGGGCGUGGUCGUCAAGAACCUGGCAGUGGGUGUGGAAGUCGUGCUAAGGAUGAGUAUGAUAUUCUUCUAUACGUUUCGGGAUCAAUUACGAUUGAGGUACUGUUUCAACGAGGGAUUUGAAAACAUGACAGAUGUUGGACUGUACUUGCAGGAGAUGGAGAUGGUUUUGGACCAGGAGUUAUUGUCUUGA